CUUCCCUGGUGGGAGGGACUAGUCGCAGGGAAACGACGCAAGUGAGGGACGCAAGGAAUCCAUUUAACCGAAGUGAAACGCAGCCCCGGAUGCACUUUCUCAAACCUACAUCAAAUAAAUCUGCGUGUCAAUAUCUGCAUCACAUUCCUGGUGAAACCCCAUGGCUCGUGUCUUCGUCUACGGCACCCUGAAGAGGGGCCAGCCGAACUAUUACCGCAUGUUAGACGUCGCCAACGGGAAGGCGAAGUUCCUGGCGUCUGCAUGCACUGCCCAAAAACACCCGCUGGUUAUCGCCGGCAAGCACAACAUCCCUUUCCUCCUCAACGUCCCGGGUCAAGGUCACCGGAUCAAGGGCGAGAUCUACAAAGUGGACGAGAAGAUGCUGAAGUUCCUGGACGAAUUUGAGAGCGUUCCCACCUUGUAUCAACGCACUGAGGUCAAACUGGAGGUGGAGGAGUGGGUCGGAGAAGAGGAAAAGGAGAAGAUGGCAUCAGGAAGUAUCACAGAAGCGUUUAUUUACAGCACGACUUCAUACGAGGCGGACUGGCUUUCGCUGCGUCGCUACGACAGCUACGACUCAAAAGGAGAUCAUGGGCUGGAGUAUCAUACUAGAGAAGCACAAGACUGAUUUUCGUGGGAUAAUCAGAACAGAUCUGGAGUCGAUAGUUAAAGAAAUCCACUAGGUUUUCCUCACUUCUACCUCUAAGAAAAAUCACUUACUUGAACUCCUACGUCGGUUUCUAACUUGAUUCGUUUCACUACUUUUUAACCCAAUAUCAGUAGAAAAAUGUUUAAAACGUGGUCAAGUUUCUACGGUAUCUCUAUCUGCAAAAACAACUGGCUUUUUAGUUGAAACUAGGGAUGCUCCGAUCGAUCGGUCACCGAUCGAGAUCUGCCGAUACUCACUCUCUACCGAUCGAUCGGUGCUCUCUAAACAUGCCGAUCGCGAGGGCCGAUCGCA